AUGCUGCGAGUCUCCGAGUUUGACAAGGUCUUCAACGACGCGCAGCGGCAGGGCCGCAUCUCCUUCUACCUCACCUCGCGCGGCGAGGAGGCGUGCUCCGUCGGCUCGGCGGCGGCGCUGCGCGAGGACGACUGGAUGCUGCCGCAGUACCGCGAGCUGGGCUCUGCGCUGUGGCGAGGGAUGACUUAUACGGACAUCGCCAACCAGGCCACGGGCAACCGGCACGACCCCGCGCACGGACGGCAGCUGCCACUGCACUACGGGUCGAUCGAUCGUCUAUGUCAAGUCGACCCUCGGCACGCAGUGCCCGCACGCGGCAGGCGCGUCGGGUACGGCAUGAAGCGGCGGGGCGGCGGGCAGGUCGCCCUGACCUAUUUCGGCGAGGGGUGCGCGUCGGAGGGAGAUGUGCCUUCUGCCUUCAACAUCGCCGCCGUCCACGGCUGCCCCACGAUCUUCUUCUGCCGCAACAACGGCUACGCCAUCUCGACAAACGCCUCGGAGCAGUUCGCGUAUGGCAUGCCGACGAUACGCGUCGACGGCAACGACCUGCUUGCGGUCUACGCGGCGACUGCCGCCGCGCGCGCCAUCGGUGCCGAGCAAGGGAGGCCGACCUUGGCGAUGACGUACCGCGUCGGCGCUCACUCGACCUCAGACGACGACUCAAAGUACCGCGAGCCUUCUGCGCCAGAGGAGGGGUGGGACGACGAGCGCUCCUACUGGGAGGCGCGCUCUCCGAUCGUCCGCUUCGGGCGCUACCUUCACCAGCGCGGCUGCUUCAGUGGUGCUGACGAGGAGCGGAUGCGGCGCGCGCUGCGCAAGGAGGCGAUCGCGGCGCUGUCGGCGGCGGAGGAGGCGGGGAGGCCGUCGCCGCACCACCUCUUCACGGACGUGUGGGACGUGGAGCCGCCGGCGCUGCAGCAGCAACGUGCCGCGCUGCAGGAGCACAUGGCGAGGCACCCGGCGGCGUAUGACAAGUUCCCGAGUUUUUCCAGCCAGUGA